UGGGACAGCAGGCUCUCAGAGAGCGUUGUGGCGCCUCGUGGGCAGGAAGGGGUUAAUGAGCCCUGCUGAUUCCUCCUGUGUCCUGUUACUGCUGAGGCGGACCUGCCCAGCCAGCUGAGCAACUUUCUCUUCGGGUACAGGAGGCAGAGCUGCUCCCCAGUUUCCGAUGUCUCGGGACCCCUGUUCACUUUCUGGUAUGGAGGGAUCUGCCCCUUCUGGGCAGCGUGGUUUGCUGGAGGGCAGUAUUUGUUGGAUCUGAAGACACUGGGGCUGUCCUGUUCCCAACCUGCUGGGACUGGCAGGUCACUGCAGAGCCUGGGCUCUGGCUCCUGGGCUGAGCUAAGCCUCCUGACGCUGCCGCUGCCGCCACCCUAGCUGCUGCUCGUAGAAGGAGGCUGCACCAAAGGACACAGCUCCUGCUCCAACAGUCCAGUGUCUAUCUACCCCUGUCAGUGGCUGGUCGGGGUCAGGAAGAGGUGGAUGUGAACUCAGUGGAAUUCUCCUGGAACCCCAAGGUCAGGUCUGGGGAUCCCAGGGAACUCUGCAGGAGGCUGGAGAGGAGAAGAUCCAUGAAGAACCCUCCACAGCAACGGUCCCUUUCCUACUGAGACCAACAUUCCCUGUCCACGGAUUUCUUGGGGUCAGAGCCUGUGAACAUUAACCUCUUGCCCUCAGUGCCUCCUUUCUCACUGGGGGAGGGGACUCUCAUCCCCAGUGCCCCCAGCCAUGACAACCUCAGCUCUGAGACGGCAGGUAAAGAAUAUUGUGCACAAUUAUUCAGAAGCAGAAAUUAAGGUACGUGAAGCAACCAGCAAUGAUCCCUGGGGCCCACCAAGCUCCCUCAUGUCAGAGAUCGCUGACUUGACUUUUAAUACCGUGGCCUUUGCUGAGGUCAUGGGCAUGAUCUGGAGGCGGCUCAAUGAUAGUGGAAAGAACUGGCGCCAUGUAUACAAGGCUCUGACCCUGUUGGACUAUUUGCUGAAGACUGGCUCUGAUAAAGUGGCCCACCAGUGUCGAGAAAACCUCUACACCAUUCAGACCCUCAAGGACUUCCAGUAUGUGGAUCGAGAUGGCAAGGAUCAGGGCAUCAAUGUUCGAGAGAAGGUCAAGCAGGUGAUGGGGCUGCUCAAGGAUGAGGAGCGAUUGAAGCAGGAAAGGACCCAUGCUCUCAAGACGAAGGAACGCAUGGCUCUAGAGGGCUCUGGCAUUGGCAGCGGGCAGUUAAGCUAUGGUCGCCGGUCCUCCCAUUAUGGGGACGAGUUCAGCCGGACCAGAGGAUCCCCUUCUUCCUACAACUCUUCAUCUUCGUCUCCUCGAUUUACCUCUGACCUGGAGCAAGCUAGACCCCAGACAACAGGAGAGGAGGAGCUACAGCUGCAGCUGGCGCUGGCCAUGAGCCGGGAGGAGGCAGAGAAGCAGCCGGUCCCUCCAGCCUCCCACAGGGACGAGGAUCUGCAGCUGCAGCUGGCAUUGCGCCUGAGCCAGCAGGAGCAUGAGAAGGAGGUGAGGUCCUGGAGGGGAGAUGACUCCCCCUUAUCCAAAGGCGCUGGGGGCCAUGGUCGCCGGGACCAGGACCCCGAAAGAGAGGAGGAAAAGGAAGGAGAGAAACUGAAAACCAGCCAGUCUUCCAUCCUGGACCUUGCUGAUAUCUUUGGACCAGGACCAGCUCCACCUUCCACACACAGCUCUGCUGACCCAUGGGAUAUCCCAGGUCUCAGGUCAACUGUGGAGCCUGCCGGCUCCUCUUGGGGACCCUCUGCAGACCCUUGGUCUCCAGCCCCCUCUGGAGAUCCUCUGUCCCGUAGCCAGCCUUGGGACUUGCCAUCUAUGCUCUCUUCUUCGGAACCCUGGAGAAGGACGCCUGGCCCCCCCCUUUCCAUGGAUCCCUGGGUGAAGGAUUCUCCCCACCACAAACCCUCUGGCUCAGGAACAGACCCCUGGGGAGCUACCUUGGACACCCCCAGCACUCCCACAGCUCUAGGUGGUUCAGCCUUUGACUUAUUUGCCAAACUUCCAGAGUCAACAGAGGCCAGAGAGGGGUCUGAGAGUGCCCAGGCCCUCCCCUCCGCACGAUCUGGCAGCCCUGACCUAGACCUCUUUGGAGACCCUCUCCCUAGCUCCAAGCAGAAUGGCACAAAGGAGUCAGAUGCUUUUGACCUGGGAGGACUUGGUGGGGCAUUGACUCAGGCAGGCAAAGACGGUCGAGCCUGCCAGACCCCUGAGUCCUUCCUGGGACCCUCAGCCUCCUCCUUGGUCAACCUGGAUUCACUAGUGAUGGCUCCACAGCCUACGAAGACAAGAAACCCAUUCCUUUCAGGUCUCAGUGCCCCGUCCCCCACCAACCCAUUCAGUUUGGGUGAGCAGUGCAAGCCAACUCUCAAUCAGAUGCGGACAGGGUCUCCAGGGCCCAAUCUGGCCUCCUCAGUGCCUAUGGGUGCUCCCGUAGGCUCAAUGACCUACAGCACCUCUCUGCCCCUUCCACUCAGCAGUGUUCCAUCAGGAAUGACCCUUCCUGCCUCUGUCAGCGUCUUCCCUCAGGCUGGCACCUUCCCUCAGCUGCCUGGGACCUUGCCCCAGCCCCUGCUCCCAAUGUCUGGUUCAGUGGGACCCCUGAAUCCUUCUUCUCAGUCAGGCACCAAUCCUUUCCUUUGAACUCUGCCCUCAUCUGCUCAGCUCUCACUUCUGGCACCUUCUUCCCUCCUCUCUGGAAACAGUUUCCAUGUCUGUUGGCCUUGCUUCUCUGCCUCUGUGCCCCGGUCAGCCGCUGGCAGCUGACCAGAGCUUUUCCCACCCCUUGCUUAAGGGGCUGGGACAAUGGACAGGGGCACUGCCCCCAUCCCACUUAGGUCAGUAUGAAUGUUGCCUGGAUGCUUGGUUCCCUGUCCUGCCUCAGGAGUGAGAGAGGGUCUUGGGAGCUCAGGGAAAGGACAUCACAGGAGCCAGCAUCCCCCAGGUUUUGUCUGGGCUGGAGGAGUGGCUUUCCAGGCUCCAGCUAUCCCUUGAAGGGGCUCGUGUAUGUAUGUAUGUGUGGAGGGCUCCGACACCACAAGUACUGUAGUGCAUAGCACAGAAGAAGCCUGGUGACCAGAAGCCUUUUGGAGCCAUGGCAAUGGUCCCAGAAUAAAUACCUGAACUAGCACGAUAGAGCCGAGUUGUGCUUGUGACCUUCUUAUGGUGGCGAGCAGUUCUGUUGUGAAUGAAGGGAAGGAGGGGGCGAGGCAGGAGCAUUCCUUCCUUGCAUCCCUCUCCAGCCCCUAUCUCCCAAAGCCCCUGGAGGGGAAGGGGAGGGGAAUGGGAUCCAAAACACAGAAGUCAGCUCUUGGGUUUGCGUAAACUGGACAUGUCUCUCUCAGAAAGCUUGACCCAGAGAGACAGUUCCCCUCGGUUGGGUCUCCAGUUGUUCAGGGCCUGAACUUCACUCUCUAACUCAUAGGGAUUCUGAGAAUUAAAAGAAACUUCAGAUUAUUAGGGGUAAAGACCUUGGGAGAUGGAUAGGCUGGAGACAGUGCAAGAAAGUAGAAGGCAUUCUCCCUCAUUCCAAGUAACCACGGGGGAGCUCGACACGGACGCCAGAAAACUUGAAGCGUUCCAUGUGCUCAUCACGUGAAGAUUCUCCCCUUCAGAGAAGAUGGCAAUCUGUCCGUAUCUUCUCCACUUGGGUGACUGUGGUCCACAUCCUGCUGUAAAUCCUCUGUUUAUCCACUCAGUAUGCUGGAGCAUCGCCUCUAAUUUUUAAAAUAAUUCAUAGCUA